AUGGAUUCCGCCUCGUUUGUAGACCUGGACAGCAACGCUUCCUUCGACUUGCAUGGUGGUGUCAUGGCCACUCACCAUCACUCUUCGGAGUACGAUAAUGAGUCUAUGACUGAAGAUGAAGAAGAGGACUCCGAUGAUGAAUUCGGGCCCUCUGAAUUCGUUGCGUUGGAGAAGGCAAGACGUACAAUGACGAGGACGUACAAUGACGAGGACCUCGAUGUUGUGCCUCCUAAGGCGAAGAAGCCAAGACGAACGCGGGAGAUAAAUGCGCCAGAAUCAUUCACCGACCCUAUUCCCGUCAGUCAAAUGACAAGAGUCUCAAAUGCACAGAGGCAGAAAAAGAUCUCUGUAAAGAGAAACGCCGGAACGGAUAACCGUCGUAGCGGUACCCAGAGCAAGCAUCUUGGAGAAGCCAUUAGAAUCUUCGGCUACCGAAGCGUAGAGUGCUUCCAAGAUAGCAAGAGCAGGCGUUACCGCCUGAAGGGCAUGGCUCAAAACACGAAGCUUUUUGAAUGGCAACUCAACCCUGUCGCGUGGAUGGUGAAGAGGGAAAACGGUCUGGCGCCACCCUAUGGAGGCGUCCUUGCUGGCACUAUGGGCAUGGGGAAGACGCUCAUGUCCCUUGCCUGUGUCGUUGGUAAUCCGCCUCCUGAGACAGAUUCUCAGGGAUUCUCUGGGGCAACGCUAGUCGUCGUUCCCAAGGAUUCUGUUGCCCGUCAAUGGCAAGAACAGAUCUCACAACAUGUCGAUUGCAUCAGACCCGAAGAAGUAUAUUAUUACAAGAAACUUCAUCACGCAGUUUCUGGUGGAGACAUAUCGCGUUACAAGAUCGUCAUAACCACCUAUCAGGAACUGCUCAACUACCCUUCCGAGGACGCGAUGAAGAAGUUGAAGGAAGAGUUCCAGGGUGAAGAGUUUGACAAAGCCUUCAAAGCUGCAGCUGGUGAGGUCUUCUCCGUGAAGUGGUUCAGAAUCAUAUUCGACGAAGCCCAUGAGAUGAAGAACGUCGCCACCAAGACCUUCAAAGCCUGCUAUGCGCUAACGAUGAGACACGUUUGGCUCAUCAGUGGCACGCCCCUGAUCAACGGAGGAGUCGAAACAUUUCCCUACGUCAAGGGAUCCUCCGUUGCAUUGGAUUCUCUAAUCAACACUUGCACUUACCGGAGUAACAUUCACAGGACGGUUGACGACAAAUUCCUAAGGGAGAGAAUCAUGAAAGAUCUGAUGCCAUUCAAGUCGGAGGUGAGGUGGGUGAAGAUUUCCGAGCAGGAGAGAUUUCUCUAUGAUGAAAUGACACUGGCCUACAACGAGUCAGAUGCAGCAGCAUCAGCGAUGUAUAUGUCUCGCCAAAGACAGCUGAUUUCUCAUCCUUACGGGAUUGAGAGAGCUUUUCAGACCGACUUCGGCGAAGAAAAGCUCGCUCACAUAAGCAAUGGCCUGAAGACAAUCGAGCUAGGCGCCCCAACGGGAGAGCACUUAGAAUGCGGCAUCUGUGGUACGGAGAGCAUGAAGGAGGCCUGGAUCAUCGAUAAAUGCGACCAUACGUUUUGCUGCGAUUGCAGUACCAAGACAUGGCGUUUCCGCGCUCAAGCCGACAUCUGUCAGCACAAAGGUUGCAACCUUCCUUACGACAGAGAGACCGAUGUACGGAGAGUCUUGACUCUCUCUACCAUGGAGUCAGAGUGUGAUCGCCUAGAUGAAGAGGAGGCCGCCGCCCAUGCAGAGCCCUCAGACCAGACUUUUUCUGGCAAGAAGUACGGCUGGGACAGCAAUGGGGUAGCGCCCACACUCACAAACGGAGACCUGGCCUAUAUCAAGCUGGCCAUGCGUGAAAAUGGGGGCUAUCUGCCUUUGGGUUCCAAGCUUACUGUGGCAAGAGACCUCAUCUUGGAGUAUCAGAAAGAGAGGAUCCAAGUCGGAGACGAGUUACAGAGCCCGAAGAUCAUUUACGCCUGGUGGAAUGAGUCGGCCGAAAAGCAGGCCGAUGGCCGGGUCCACCGCGUUGGUCAGACGCAGGUCACCUCCUCCGUGGUCAUCAAGGCUGAGAACACGAUAGACAACUAUGUUGUCCAACUUCAAGCUGAGAAGUCAAAGGAAAUCGCGCACAUCCUCCAAGAUGACGCGCAUGGAACUCAACUAUACAGUGAGCUGGAAUUGAUCAAGUUGACCGCGCCGCACAAAUACAAGGAGCUGGUCCGGACGGGACUGGCCGUUAUUAGGAAGGAAGAUGAGGAAGCGGAGAGGCUCUAACCAGAGGUUGAAUCUGAGGCAUGAGCAUCAAGGAGGUUACCAC